UUUAAGAUGGCGGCUGGCUUGUUUUACUAGCAAUGUAAACAAUGAUGUACCACAAACAAAGGAUAAAAUAAAUGUCAUGGAACAUGUUGAGUCGGCUGAGAAUUUACAAACUGAUGUGAUGACCAAUUCUGCUUCAAAUGACUAUUCAAAAUACGGCAUCACGGAUGCUCCAAAGUCCACAAAAACAACAGCGCUAGGCAAGACUAAAACUUGCUCCGGGCUGUCGAGGAAUGAAUGGAUUUUUCUGCUCGUAUCAUCCGCCAACAUCCUGACCGCAAUAGCCUUGACCUUGUAUCGGAUGAUCUCUGUCAUCAAGGACGACGACUCACAAAACCCAGACUUCACAUUCACGUUACUUCUGCUGAUCAACGCAGGUUUCUGCGUGUACUAUGUGCUGCAUGGAGUGUUUAGAGAAAGAGUUUUUGAAGUGUUUGCCUUCAUGGGGGCUGUUGUUGUUGUGGCUGUCUACUGUUUGCUGGAAUAUUUUGUCUUCAACACAACAAGACAAUCUACAGUCAAAUUAGUUCGUUUGAUUCUUGCCUGCAUUCUGGCGCCACCAAAUAUUUAUCUGGCCUACAUUGUCUCCAGAAACUUCGGAUACCUCCAGUUCCGCAGCGUUGGUGCAUCAGGACACUUGCAAAAACUGUACAAGCAAGCUGGAAUUUUCUCCUGUCUUCUCAAAUUUGACUUACAAGCUGCUUGUAGCAUCGUGGUCCUGGCCCUGGAGUCUGGCACCAAGGUGUCAAUCUUAGAGACGGCGUCACUGGCUGUUGGCAUCCCAUACUCGUUGUUGUGGUGUCUGUUGGGCUGGAUUAGUAUGAAGAGAGAGCUCAAGUCCGCUGCUGUAGUUUUUGCCGUGUUUGGGCUAGUCAAGCCAUGCUACUACAUCUACAAGAUUGUUCAGGAAUACAUUGAGCUGGAUGAGCACACACAAGGCACAGAAAGCAUUGUCUACUCUCUGAUUGCUGCAGUGGCGCUGGGUCUGCUGGUCUGGUUCGUGCUGAUGGUAGAACUUGUCUUUGUCUGUCAGAACUUUGGUCAGGGACUCAGGACUGAUGCAGCCAAACCUGUGAACAAUGAAAGAACUGGACUGUUGGGCUCAAGGACCAACUUCCCCAGCUCAACAACGGCAAGUCUGUAAUUUGGUUGACUUUGUGAUUGGUUUGAUCUGGCCCAUGGCUCAACAACGGCCAGCCUGUAAUUUGGUUGACUUUGUGAUUGGUUUGAUCUGGCCCAUGGCUCAACAACGGCCAGCCUGUAAUUUGGUUGACUUUGUGAUUGGUUUGAUCUGGCCCAUGGCUCAACAACGGCAAGUCUGUAAUUUGGUUUGGUUGACUUUGUGAUUGGUUUGAUCUGGCCCAUGGCUCAACAACGGCCAGCCUGUAAUUUGGUUGACUUUGUGAUUGGUUUGAUCUGGCCCAUGGCUCAACAACGGCCAGUCUGUAAUUUGGUUGACUUUGUGAUUGGUUUGAUCUGGCCCAUGGCUCAACAACGGCCAGUCUGUAAUUUGGUUGACUUAGUGAUUGGUUUGAUCUGGCCCAUGGCUCAACAACGGCAAGUCUGUAAUUUGGUUUGGUUGACUUUGUGAUUGGUUUGAUCUGGCCCAUGGCUCAACAACGGCCAGUCUGUAAUUUGGUUGACUUUGUGAUUGGUUUGAUCUGGCCCAUGGCUCAACAACGGCCAGUCUGUAAUUUGGUUGACUUUGUGAUUGGUUUGAUCUGGCCCAUGGCUCAACAACGGCCAGUCUGUAAUUUGGUUGACUUUGUGAUUGGUUUGAUCUGGCCCAUGGCUCAACAACGGCCAGCCUGUAAUUUGGUUGACUUUGUGAUUGGUUUGAUCUGGCCCAUGGCUCAACAACGGCCAGCCUGUAAUUUGGUUGACUUUGUGAUUGGUUUGAUCUGGCCCAUGGCUCAACAACGGCAAGUCUGUAAUUUGGUUUGGUUGACUUUGUGAUUGGUUUGAUCUGGCCCAUGGCUCAACAACGGCCAGUCUGUAAUUUGGUUGACUUUGUGAUUGGUUUGAUCUGGCCCAUGGCUCAACAACGGCCAGUCUGUAAUUUGGUUGACUUUGUGAUUGGUUUGAUCUGGCCCAUGGCUCAACAACGGCCAGUCUGUAAUUUGGUUGACUUUGUGAUUGGUUUGAUCUGGCCCAUGGCUCAACAACGGCCAGCCUGUAAUUUGUUUGACUUUGUGAUUGGUUUGAUCUGGCCCAUGGCUCAACAAUGGCAAGUCUGUAAUUUGGUUUGGUUGACUUUGUGAUUGGUUUGAUCUGGCCCAUGGCUCAACAACGGCAAGUCUGUAAUUUGGUUGACUUUGUGAUUGGUUUGAUCUGGCCCAUGGCUCAACAACGGCCAGUCUGUAAUUUGGUUGACUUUGUGAUUGGUUUGAUCUGGCCCAUGGCUCAACAACGGCAAGUCUGUAAUUUGGUUGACUUUGUGAUUGGUUUGAUCUGGCCCAUGGCUCAACAACGGCCAGUCUGUAAUUUGGUUGACUUUGUGAUUGGUUUGAUCUGGCCCAUGGCUCAACAACGGCAAGUCUGUAAUUUGGUUGACUUUGUGAUUGGUUUGAUCUGGCCCAUGGCUCAACAACGGCCAGUCUGUAAUUUGGUUGACUUUGUGAUUGGUUUGAUCUGGCCCAUGGCUCAACAACGGCAAGUCUGUAAUUUGGUUGACUUUGUGAUUGGUUUGAUCUGGCCCAUGGCUCAACAACGGCCAGUCUGUAAUUUGGUUGACUUAGUGAUUGGUUUGAUCUGGCCCAUGGCUCAACAACGGCCAGUCUGUAAUUUGGUUGACUUAGUGAUUGGUUUGAUCUGGCCCAUGGCUCAACAACGGCAAGUCUGUAAUUUGGUUGACUUAGUGAUUGGUUUGAUCUGGCCCAUGGCUCAACAAUGGCCAGCCUGUAAUUUGGUUUGGUUGACUUUGUGAUUGGUUUGAUCUGGCCCAUGGCUCAACAACGGCCAGCCUGUAAUUUGGUUGACUUUGUGAUUGGUUUGAUCUGGCCCAUGGCUCAACAACGGCCAGCCUGUAAUUUGGUUGACUUUGUGAUUGGUUUGAUCUGGCCCAUGGCUCAAGCUGUUCUGGGUGUUGAAUGAGAUGAUCCAGUCUUUAUGUUUGAGACUUGCUAGUAUGUGAGUCAAUAUGUUGAUGGACUCAUUUUAUUCAUGGUAAAACGUCUACGUACUAGAAAGAUAUUUCUCAUGAUGGUAAAACGUCUACGUGCUAGAAAGAUAUUUCUCAUGAUGGUAAAACGUCUACGUACUAGAAAGAUAUUUCUCAGCACCUCAGGAGGGUAAUUUAACUGCUGGUAUACACAUUGGGUUAAUGUUUCCAUGCUCUGUGUACAGUUGUUAUAUGUAGCUUAUAUACAGUUGUUUUAUUUUUUAUACAGUAGUGUUUUAUAUAGUAUUGUACUAUAUACUUUUGUUCUUUUUUUACGAUUGUUCCAUAAAAAGCAGUGGUCCAUAAAAAUUUUCUGUUUUUUACAGGGUAGGUCUUUUUGCCAAAUUUAGUAAAUUCUAAUGAAAAUGUGUUUAUUGCUCAAGAUACUAAACUUUUCAGCUUUAAAGAGAUAUUUGUGCAAUUAACUAGGUUUAUGUUAAGGGAAACAACUCAAGUUAUAUUUUUAGGAAGAUAAAUUAUUUCGAUUAUAUCCCCUUACGGAAGGGAACCGCUCAAUAUUUAAAUCUUAUGGACCCAGUGUGAGGUUCUAAAAUGGACAUAUCGUGACGUCAUCCACUAUACCUUGUUGAGUUCUGCUUUACAAUAUUUUUUGCAUAGAAAAAAUUAGCAAUUUGCUGUUAAUAUUGCUAUAGAACAAAUCAGCAAUUUGCUGUUCAGAGUUCAAUUUAAUUCAGUGCUUUACAUGAUUAUUGUCAAUUCACGCAUUUAUUUUUAACUUGUUUUUUGCUAAGUUUUAUUUGUAAAGAUUUUAUCUUAUUCAAAAGAAUAAAGAUUUAGCUAUCGUAUCUAAAUCAAUGAAGAUUUUAUAGUUAAAUUGGGUAAAGAUUUGAUUUAAAUGGGUAGAAAUUUAAUUAAAAUGGGUAAAGAUUUAAUCCAUCUCAGCUAAAAAUGGGGCAGCAGUUUUGCCAACGUAGCUCCCCGCAGCUACUGAGGAUAACUGUGUUUAAAAAAUGUCGUAACAAUUGAUUAAAGCGUGUUUAUUUCAAUGGAUGGCUCGUCAAAAAUUGAGCUUGAAACCAAAUGGUGCAUGUACUCUAGUCAUCAAUGUUAGAAUCUGUUUGGUUUGGGCUCUUAACUUUAGUUCAUGGCCAGUGGUUAUGUUCUGUGGGGUCAGUAAAUUAAUGGGGUCAGUAGACUGGUGGGGUCAGUAGACUGGUGGGGUCAGUAGACUG